AUGCAGGUGGAAGGACAGAGUUUUUUCUUUGACAUGAAUUCGUUGCUGGGCGUCCUACUUAUCAGCUUACAAAUUUAUCCUGGAACCAGCGUUUACGGACAGAGAAUUUCCGAAUCCUCCCGUUCUGAGAGAGUAAAUAAUGGCGAUCGACUCGUCCUUAAUUGCUCUGACAGAAACCUAGACCAGUUUCAAGGAAACGUGAAUUUCACUUGGAAGAAAAACUCCGUGACUAUACCGAAUGACGACCCACGCUUAAAUGCAGACGGGAAAGGCACCCUGCUACUUGAGCACGUACGGCAAAGGGACUCUGGACAAUACACGUGUACUUUUGGCAGUACAUCUCCGAAUAGUCCAACAACGAAAGUAAUGCCCUAUCGGAAGCAUUCAGCACAACGGGGGAACGAUCCAUCCAACGGAGUCACAUCCACGAGUAGUGUCGCAGAAACUGCCAUGACAAGCCUCAUAGCAAGUCAUAUUAGACUUGCUUACAGCGUUACGACAAAAAGCUCCACGACAAGAAGUGUAAUGUUAAGUAGUGUCACGACAAGCCGUGCACAAAAACAUAGCGUCACGACGAGUUAUGUCACAAGUAGCAGUAUCACAACAAGUCGCGUCACCACAAAUAGCGUCAAGUCAAGUAAUAUAACGACAGGGAGUACCACGACAAAUCCUGUCAUAACCAGUAGCAUCACGACGAGUAAUGUCCGGAAAAGCAGUAUCUUGGCAAGUCGCGUCAUGACAAAUAGUGCAGCAACAUGUAGUGUCAUGGCAGGUAGUGUCAUGAAAAGUCGCAUCAUGGCAAUCAGUGUCACGACAAACGAUGACACGAAAAGCAGUGUCGUAAAAAGCAAUGUGACCAUGAGCUGCGUCACGACAAAUAGUACAACGUCGGGUGGUGUCACGAGAAGUAGUGUCACGACAAGUCGCGUCAUGACAAUCAGUGUCAAGACAAAUGGUGACACGAAAAGUAAUGUCGCAAAAAAUAGAGUUGCGACAAGCCCUGUAACGACAAAUGGUGUCAAGAAAAGUAACGUCGCGACAAUUAGUAUCACGAGAAGAGGUGAUACGCCGAGCAGCGUGAGCAUGGUUUUGUAUACUACAGCGAUUGUAGCAACAAAGCAGCCAUCGCCCUCCCCUCGGUUAUUCACACAAACAACUACAAAUUUGAUUUCAAGCCUACAACUGCAGGUUGAAGCUCUUUUGAUCGGCGACAAACCCACCAACAUUAGUACAGUCCUUACCGAACUUGUCAAACUGACAAAGCCUGGGAACGAGCUGAAAGUUAACGCAAGCGAGCUCUCUUUAUCCUUGGAUAUACUAGAAAAACUAGUGACGUACAACUCCUUGGAGAACCACACUGCCAUUACCACACCAGCCGACCAACGUAACGUCUUGGAAGUAGCCAGUAAUUUACUGAAUGAAGAAAAUGUUGAAACGUGGUUAAUGUUAGAAGAGAAUCAAGAAAACAUCAUCGGUGUACUACUAAAGACAAUGGAAGAGUUUGGUUCUCAAGUAAGCAGUCAGCUUGGUAGAUCAACUAAUUCUACCUCCUUCGUCCUUUUAUCAAGAAACAUUGCUUUCAGAGUUGAUCGCUUAAACCGGAAUGAAACGCUUCAUGUGAAUUUCGCUCAGCACGGUGCAACAUUCUUUGCUCCUGGGUCAAUGUUUUCAGAUCCCACAGGGAGCCGUGUGUCGACCAUCGUCUACAAAACACUUCAUAACGUGUUUAGACUUAAGGAGAAGGGAUUCAGUGAAGCUCAAAAGGAAGGGGGAAAGCUGCAGACGAUUGGCUCGAGUAUCAUCUCAGCUACGGUUCUACCAACUCCAAAAUUCCCAUUGGCAAAACCAGUUAAACUGGUUUUUAAACGUAACAAUCAGAGCCGUAAUUUGAUUGGACAGUGCGUAUUCUGGGAGAUUGGCCGAUCGCAGCGAACGUGGCUUACACGUGGCUGUACACGUGUGGAUCAUGAAUCAAAUGCUAAAGUCACAACGUGCGAGUGCGAUCAUUUGACCAUCUUCGCUAUUUUAAUGAAAAACAAGCCGGUAAGUUCAUUAUCACAACAUCAACACAACCUUGAGUAUAUUUCCACGAUAGGCUGCGCAUGCUCUCUACUGUUCCUUCUGCUGACCUUUACGGUGGUUGUUUUGUGCUGGAAACAAGUAAAGAGUAUUCGAGUCAUAAUGUUACUGAAUCUUUGUGUGGCCAUUGCUGCUUCUUGUUUUUUGAUUAUCCUGGUUGGAUAUGCGAAAAAAAUAGAGAUGCUAUGCACAGUCACUGCAGUAAGCCUCCAUUAUUUCCUAUUGUGUGUAUUUUCAUGGAUGCUGGGUCAUGGCGUUAUCCUGUAUUUCCUGAUCAUCAAAGUUGAGACGCAAGACAAUAUAAAGUCAAGGAUGAAAUGGAUCUACGCCUUUGGAUGGAUUUCCCCUCUGCCAAUUGUGGCCGUGUCAUUGGUAUUGACUGGUGCCGAUAGUUACGCAGCCAAUAACUGCUGGCUGACAAUAGAGUAUGGGAUAAUUUACUGGACCUUCGUUGUCCCAGUUGCGAUAAUCGUGCUGAUCAACUCGAUUUUGUUUUUUGUCCUGCUACAUCGUAUAAGCAGAGCUUCAAGGUCCAAAGAAAAGAUAACACGUGCCAAGCACGUUAGGGCUUGGUUACGUCGUUCAGCAAUGCUAUUGCCAUUAAUGGGAGUCACGUGGUUGUUUGGCUUUCUGACGUUCAUUUCCUCUACAGUUGUUUUUCAUUACAUUUUUACCAUAUUGAACUCGCUACAAGGAUUCUUUAUCUUUUUUAAUGUUUGCGUCUUAGAAGAUACGGUGAGCUGUAACCAUCUGCUGUAA